GCCAUUUUGUAAUCAGUAACCGGUCGUUCACAACAACAACUGCACGUCGAUUUGUCGCGCGAUUAUGUUUGAAAUUAACCCGAUUAAAUUAAUAAAAUCUAUCAAAAGUAGACCAGCAUUGUAUACGAAAAAUGAUCCUAUGUACAGUCAUAGGAAACAUAAGGAUAGGUUGUGGCGAGAAGUUUGUAUGGAAGUUCACCCCAGCUGGGAGGAAUUGAAGCCAGUUGAACGAGUUGAAGGUGUUCGCGACAUCCAGAAGCGUUGGAAAAGCCUCCGGACAUGUUACACGAGAGAACUGAAACUACAACGUAGGGAACGAUUCAAAGUUGAGAACUCUAUAGCAAUAAGAAAAAGAAAAAGAUAUGGAUACUUCAACGAUCUCAGUUUUCUUGGUGGUGAUACCAACGACGUGGAAAUCAAGUACAGCGACGAUGAUAGCGAUCCUCUAGAAGCUCAAUACGAGACACAAGACAUAGAUUUCGCCUUUACAGAUCCCCAGGAAGUAAGCAUAGUGCCAGAAGCGUAUGAAGAGGAACAGAGUGAUGUAUUGGAGAGUAAAAAGAAAGCCAGAGAUGAAGAUGAUGAUGAUAGGCAGUUUGUCAUGUCUCUGAUACCGAUGUUUAGGAAGCUUUCGGAUCGACGGAAGCUCGAAGCUCGUAUUGAAGUGAUGAAAGUGUUGCAGAAGAUUACAUUCGACGAUGAGGAUAAGAAUCGGAAAUAGAUUUAUGGAGCAGAGGCUGUUAUUAAAAACCACAAAAUACCAUCCGUAUCACCUCGACGUUUGUAGUGACCCACUACUGAUCGUUUUCUAAGGCAGUUUUUGCCGCGCACCACCACUAUGUGGAACCUUACUUAGGGUCCUUCAAGAAAAGAGCAUACUAAUUCUUGAAAGGCCCGCAACGCACUUGCGCGCCUUCUGGCAAUGUCCAUGGGCGGUAUCACUUAACAUCAGGUGAGCCACACGUGGACACAUGAUCGCUUGUUGAUUGCCGUUGAUGGUAAACGAUUUUUAGUUUCUACAUUAAAAUAGAAAUAAGCAUCUGUGGUUUUAAGUUAAUAUAAAUCUAUUUUAUUGUUCAUAAAAUCUUGGACUAGUUUAUUCAUUGUGGUGUACAGUUAUAACUGCACUGUACUGUUGUGUUGUUAACCACAUGCAAACAUGAUUGAAUUAUUUUUAUAAUAAAGACUUGAAUUUUA